CCCCACCCGCCUGUUCGCGAACUCGAUCAUUCCUUCUCGACCUGAGUCACCCGGGUGCAGACCGAGUCGCUGCUUUCCUUCUGUGCUCGACAGCAAAGCCACUCUCCUGGCUGCUCUUCUCUCAACCCAAAGCGCUUCCACCCCGAUCCUGCUGCUUCCUGCUCCGCUCGCAUCCAUGCCCUCUGUGUUGGCUCCAGCCGAGCCCGAGGUUCUUCCUGGAUGCACUCUGGCAUCCAGCCAGCGCGGCCCACGACACAACCGAGUCUGUCUUGAUUGGGCCUCCUGGGUCAGGACUCUGUUGUCCUUCAUGGGUCCAGGGUAUAUCGUUGCUGUUGGAUACAUGGAUCCAGGAAACUGGGCCACUGAUCUCCAAGGCGGAUCUUCCUAUCAGUACAAGCUGCUGUUUGUCAUCCUCUUCUCGAAUGUGUUCGCUGUUCUAUUCCAGGGCCUCGCCGCCAAGAUCGGGGUUGUGACCGGCCGCGACCUGGGCCAGCUAUGUCGCAAGCACUUCCACCCCUGGCUCAACUAUGUCCUUUACGUCACUGCCGAGCUCGGUGUCAUCGCCACAGACUUGGCUGAGGUCAUCGGCGCCGCCAUUUCGCUGAACCUUCUCCUGGGCAUCCCUCUCGUCUGGGGCAUCCUGCUCACGACCCUUGAUGUGCUGGUAGUCCUGGCGACCUUCCAGGCAAAAUACCUGCGCAUCUUUGAGUUCAUCAUCAUUGCGAUGGUGCUGGCUGUCGGUGUGUGCUACGGAAUGCUGCUCAAUCGCAGCUCGGCCAGCGCUCUGGAUGUGCUGAAGGGCUACCUUCCUCUCGACUCCAGCAUCUUCACCGACCCGGCAACUCUGUACGUCGGCAUGGGCAUCCUCGGAGCCACGAUCAUGCCUCACAACCUGUUUAUCCAUUCGAGACUGGUUCAGUAUCGCUCUCCGCGACAGGAGGCCGACCCGGUCGACGGUGCAUUGUCCGUGGAUCCCCAACAGUCCGUGGAUCUCCAGCAGUCCGUUGAUGUUCAGCAGCCCGCUCGCAUGCAGGAAUGCAGCACCGAGAACAUGUCGGGUACCCAGGAAGAAACCCGGGUGACGGUGAGCGGCCGAAACCAAGAAGACAUGGCACCCGAAGUGCCCAUCAAAUCUGUGGACGGGCGGAUCCGAUCAUCAGAUCCCCUCGAAGCCAAGCUGGCCGACGGAUAUAUCAACCCGCCCGGCUUUGCCAACAAGGUUCAGAAAGCCCUGUCGUUUGCGUUCAUCGACUCGUUUAUUGCCCUGACCUUUGCCCUCUACGUCAACUCGGCCAUCUUGAUCGUCUCGGCCGCGCUGUUCUACAACACCAACCAGCAGAUCAGCGACAUACCUUCGGCGUACGAGCUGCUCAAAAGUUUGAUUGCCCCGUGGGCAGCAACGGUCUUUGCUCUGGCGCUUCUAUGUUCCGGGCAGUCGUCUUCGAUCACUGGCACGCUGGCGGGGCAGAUCGUCAUGGAGGGCUUUCUGAAGCUCCAGUGGCCGCUCUGGGUUCGUCGCCUGGCAACCCGAACCGUCACCAUUAUCCCGGCCGUCAUCGUGGUUAUCGUCAAGGGCGACGCCGGUCUCAAUGGCUUACUGGUACUUUCCCAAGUCGUGCUGUCGGGCUGCCUGCCGUUUGCGCUGUGGCCACUGCUCUGGUUUUCGUCGUCCAAGAAGGUCAUGUCGGUGCAUUUCAGAACCGAGAAAGACUUGACUGGCAGCAAAAGCUUUGCCAACUCGUGGUUCAUUUUCAUUUUUUCGUUCGUAUCAAUCGCCCUCAUCACCGUCCUCAACGGCAUCAUGAUCUACCAAGCCAUCGCGGGUGCUCCCUCCUGAGAGGUGUCCAGGACUCCGAUCUGAGGGGAAGAGUUGGGUCCGCCAAGGGCUUUGUCGCAACAGAACCGUGCACGAUGGGCCGCCAUGCUCAAUACCAAAAUACAUCGCAUUUCAUCAUGA